UCUUUGGUCAGUCACUGAAACACUGAGCAUCCUAUGCAGCGGUCCUGCUGAAUACCAGAGCAAAGGAGGCGAGGCUACACACGCUCCUCUCCAGACCGACUGAAAUGGCGCAAUAUGAACUGCAGAGCGAGCCAGUGGGCGGAUGGAGCAGGUUAAAGCUGUGUGGUCUUGCUGUAGAACAUGUCUUAUAGCUAAAACCCACACAAACCGUUUCAUUAUUUCAAAGUGAUUUGCGAGCUCGAGUGAAGCAAAUGAUUAAGAUAUAUUUGCCACCUCUUAGUCACCUCUGUAGGCUACUCACACAUCCCCCGCCUUCUCUCUCUCUCUCUCUCUCUCUCUCACACACACACACACACACACAGUCAUAUAGCUAAAAUGCCCCUGGCUACCACGACGGCUGAAAUAGGACUGUAUAAUCAUGCGUGUGGCUCCGGGUGUGUGGUUGAUGCAGAUGCGGUGGAAGUAGUGAAGGAGGCUGAAUCAAGACCAGUCCUGUCUUAGUGUCGCCUGUCUUAUCAAGCAAGAUCAAUGCUGGGCCGGAAUCACUGGUGCAUCGAUAAGCUUUUUCAGCACAACUUGAUCAACUUGCGUGUGAUAAGGAGUGAAACACGGACAUGGAUUACGACUAGACCUGGAAUCAAGCAGACGCUUCCUUAAGAAGCGGUACUCCAAGUCAGAUCUGUGUGCUGGGGGAAAAACCUCUAGAGCUCUCCCUGAUCUUGCUAAUCGUCGCUGGGAAAUUUUCAACGGUGCUGGAACGCAGCGGGGAAAGAACAUCAGAUAGAGCUAUAGAGACAGAGCAGGACACUUUGCUCAACAUCAGUCCUGAAGCUCAAGCAAAUUGAAGGCUGGAUUCAGCGCAGUGCUAAAUGGAGAGGACAUUAAAACCGUGGGUAAUAUAGGGGGGUUUGGUGAGACCGGGCCACUCUAAACCUUAUGCGCCGAUCCGCGCUCAGGACUGACAGGCAGGUGCAGUAAAGGCGCAUCCAUGAGCGUCUUCUCCUGGGACAGACUCUUUUAGCACUGUAUGUUUAGUGUUUUAAACAUACAGCUCUGUUGAAAAGACACGCUCCCCUGGGUUGAAAGAGAGACAGAGCGCGGCGCAUUUGGAAGUUUGGAUGCAUAUGAUCACAACCACCAUGAUUUUUAUGAUCCUUGGUGCUUCUGUUGUAAUGGCGAUAGCGUGUCUAAUGGACAUGAACGCGCUGCUGGACCGCUUUCACAACUACAUCCUACCGCAUUUACGAGGGGAGGACCGCGUCUGCCACUGCAACUGUGGAAGACACCAUGUCCAUUAUGUAAUUCCAUAUGAUGGGGACCAUUCGUUGGUGGACUCAUCGGAGAACUACUUUGUGAGUGACAGCGUGACCAAGCAGGAGAUGGACCUCAUGCUGGGGUUGUUGCUGGGCUUCUGCAUCAGCUGGCUAUUGCUGUGGCUGGACGGAGCGUUACACUGUGCUGUGCGGGCCUGGAGAGCCAGCCGCUACUAUGACACACCAUCCUGGUCCUGGCUCCCACAGUUCUGCAACUUGCGGGAUCUCCGUAGACGUACACAGUUACGACAGCUGGAAGACUCCAGUGGAAACAUGGUGCAUAUCAAGCAAAAGCUUUAUCAUAACGGUCAUCCCAGCCCCCGUCACCUUUGACUCUGAACCACACUACCCCCUUAACUGCCCCAUUACUAAAUGCUGCCUCAGAGACCCUCUUCAACAGUCCCAAUACAGUCCAUACCACCUUUUUGACUUUCUACAGCCAUUCGUUGCAAUUCAAUAUUUGGGAUUCCAAAAACUGAGACUCAAGAACAAAGAAAUCCUAACUUUUAUCCACACGCCAUGUUUGUGGGGUG